CCAUCCGAGCGCCACCCGCCCGGCCCCGGCGGAGGGCCCCCCGGCCCCGGCAGGCAGCCGCCGCGGCAGGGCAGGCGCCCCGAGAUGAAGCCAGCCGGGAUGCUGCGGCAGGUCUCCGACUUUAGCGACUUCAGCCGAGGCCACUGGCUGCAGGAGCUGCUGUGCCAGGGAGAAGAGUCCAUCCAUGUCCAGUUCAGCCCCGAUGGGCAUCACCUUUUGGUCCAGCAGAAGAGCCGGACACCCCUUUUGCCCCGGCUUGUGGCCUUCCAGCGUCAUGGCAUCGGUGGAGCCAACUUGGAGAGGAACUGGCAGCCACCACAGCCAGCCCUUGUGGGACUGUUCUUCCUGCAGAGCCCUGUGACACCGGGCUCCUGGGUGCUGGCCAUUGUGUGGGAACACGGUCGGACCGAGGUCUGGCACUUUGUGGUGGCUGUGGGCUGGCAGCUGCUGCAGACUCUGGAGCUCUGCCAGGGUUCCCGGGCACGAAUCAUCUCUGUGUGCAGCCAGGGAGCCAGCCUGGUGUGGUGUGAGGAAAGGCCUCCCUUGGAUGCCCACUCGGACAUGAGCAAGUGUGCCUUCAGAUUCUGUGUCUGCACCCGGGCUCUGGAAGCAGGGGAGCAAGGCAUGCGUCUGGGCACCAUAAGGAUAGUCCUGCAUAACAGCCCUGAGUACCAGGUCCUGGCCUCCCCUCAGCACGUCUUCCUGGUGCCUACAGCUGCCAGCUCUGUCACCACCUCCAAGUUCCUCCUCAUCUGGCACCCUGAGGAGGCAAAUCUCACCAUCACAGCCCCUUCUUCAGGCUUUGUACACAGCAAAGUGUUGCGCUCCAGCAGCGACUCAGACUUCAAGAAGCUCCUCCUUGGCUCUGUGGGUCUUCUUUCAAGUUUAGCGCCUCUGGACAUUCAUACCUUUUCUGUGUCCAACAGUGGAGGUCUGCUGCUGGUGAGCACAAAAGGUGCUGUGAACAUGGUGGAGCCAGAUGGGACAAAGAGGCAUAUUUUUGACCUUGAGGGAGGAGCCCUGUCCCAAGGAAGUCCUGUGCAGGUGAAGACUUUUGGCAGCAUUCUUGCCUGUGUGCUGGCUGGGAUUUUGUACGUUGUUGACCAGAACAGUGGAAGGCUCAUAGAAAAGAAAAUCCUAAACAUGAAAACUGUGCAUUUCCUGGAGUCCCCAGGAGAGGAGAACAGCAUCCAGCUUCUGAGUCAAACUGGCAUCUACAGCUUUAGCUUCUCUAAACCCGAGGACAGCAGCAGACCUGAGCCUUGCCUGGUGGAGAUGGUAUUUGAGGAAGCCUGCAGAUACUACCAGAGGAGGAGCCUCAGCAGCUCCAAGCUGACUGUAGAGAAGUUGAAGAAAGGUGGUGUGUUUCAGGCUCCUGUGGCCCUUGCUGCCAUCUUGCAGCACAGCCUGUGCCAGAGGCAGAAACCAGCCCGAAGUCUCCAAGACACUUAUGCCAAGCUAUUGAGCACAAUGAGCCUGGAGCUACAGAGCUACAGGAGCCUGGAGCUCCUCAAGACCUGUGUGGUGUGCGCCCCAGAGAGUGAGGUGGAAAGCUACUGCGAGGAACUGGUGGAGCAGGAGGUCAGCCGCAUUUUGCACUCUGACAUAGACAAGGACAAUUUGGCCUACUUGAACUCAGUCUUUGCUUCCUUCCCCAAGGCUGCCUGGAAGGCCACAAGGAGCUGCCUGCAGCUGCAGCAGAAUAGGGAUGGCCUCUUGGUAGCCAGGGCUACCCCAGAGGUGUGGAAGAAGGUUCUGGGGGGGCCACAGCAAGAGGAGGUGGGUCAGAAUGGUGUGGUCCCUCUCUUUGAGCUCAUCUGCACCUCAUUCCUGAGGUUCAAACCCAAGUGGCUGCCCAGUUUUGUGGAGCUGACCCAGCAGUAUGUUAGCAUCUCUUGGGCUUUCAGCAGCAAGGAGGGCCCAGAGGGCCGGGUGCCACUGUACAAGAGAGCGCUGGGUGUGCUGGCCAGGCAGAACAAGCACAGUGAGGCAGAUGAUGAGAUGGAACUUGAACUGCUGCUCUGCAGUAAGAGGCCUAAGGCUGUACUGCAAGCUCUGCACCUUCUUAUCCGCCUGAAGCGGUGGCAGAGGGUGGUGGAGGUGGCAGAGAAGUUCUCCAGGCUCAGCCCCUUGCUUAACAAGGAGAUAUUCACCACACUGCUGGCAGAGUUUGCCCAGCACCGGGAGCUGGACCCUUAUCUGGACAUGUUGUGGCCAUUGUGCCCUGCUGAGCUCACCACCUCGGACAUCCUCACCAUGGUCCUGCAGCACCUCCCUCGCUCCCAGGGGGACCCAGUGCCCUUUUCCAGCGAGGGGAACCAGCUGACUAUAGGCUUGCUCAAGCCACUGCUGCAAAGGGUUGUGCAGCGUCCCUGUGUCCAGGAUGAGAUGUACUCAGAUGCUUUGCAGAGCCCCACCUUCCCCCCUCCCACCCCACCCCGAGACCACAAGAUCCCCUCAAAAGCAUCAGCCAGUGAUGCCCCUCAGACACCUAUGACAAGGACUUCCUCCCCCUCAGCACUGGUACAUGGUGACACUGUGUGAAGGUGGGGAGCACAACAGGAUCCCGAGCCUUGGGUGCAUGAAGAGGGGAAUGCCACGCCAUGCCAGGAAAUCCAGCCCUACCUGGCAGCAUGAAAGCCUGCUCUUUGCUGAAGCCUUCCUGUGGCAGCAUCUCAAAGUCUGUUGGGUGGCAGGGGUUGAGGGAUCUCAUCUGAAGCCAGGUCAGGCUUUCUGGCUUUUCUAGCAAGUGCAAUUGCAUGUGCCCCAGCGGAGGAGCAAAUGCCAGGUGCAUUUGCAGAUGAAGGCGCUGGCUGCACUACAGGACUACAGAACUGCUCCCUACCCACAGCGCUUUGGUUUUGGUUUGCUUUAUAAGUUCACUUCUACUUCCCUGUUUCAACAGGUUGGGUGGUACAUUCAUGCUCUGCCUGGUCAUGUUUCUUGCAUGGGGUCACUGAGUCCUGCUGCCCUGGGUUCACUCAGAUGCUAAAUGUCAGCGUGGCACAGCUCGAAGGCACUGGGGGUCCCAGCACACGUGCUGGCAGCUGCAGCAUUCUGUGUGCUGUCUUGCUGCAAUUCCUCUGGGAUCAAUCCUGUAGCUGUGACUGAUUGCAGCUACUUAGCUGAAGAGAGCAGCCUAAUUCCCUUAUCUCUCUAUCCCGGACGGUACCCAAGUUCUCUUCUGAGCUGAGAAGCUGGCAGCAGCCUGUGUGAACUUGAGGCUGGUCCUGCCUCUUCCUUUGUUUUGUGGAAGCUUAGAUUAUGCUGCAGGACACCCGGGCCCUCUGUUCCCAUCUCCUCUACCUUUGCCCUUUGCACACAAAGGGGCUUUUGUCAGGGUUGUCUGGCUCAUAUUGUGCCUUUGUUUCCAAAGUCAGUGUAAUUUGAGAGCAGUUGUGGAGGAAGAUCCAGGUUCCAGCUUCUUUCCAGUGCUCACUGCCUGGUCCCCUUCUCUGGGAGAGAGACCCUGGCUAUGGCUUUGCUCCUGCAUUGUUCAUGGUGUGUAGGAGCUGUCUCUUGUCUUGCUGGGCUGGCAUAGUCUGGCUGAGAUGGGAUGGGCUUGGGGAAAUUAACCUGCAUUAGUCCUCUUGAGCAUGGGGUUAAGCAUGGAAGACAGACUCCUUUGAAAAAUAAAGGUUCCUAAAGCAGUACUGGGGCAGUGAUGGAUGUUGUGAGGGUGCACGCUCUCAGGGGGUUGGCAGUUUCAUUUUGCUUCUGGUGAAAAAUACCCAAGCUCAAUUCACAUUGGUACUGCCAGCAUGCCUCACCACUGGACUCAGAGAUCCAGCCAUGCCCAUUCCCACCACCGCUCUCAGCCCCCUGAAGCUAUGGAGGCAGGACUCUGCACCAGCAGACAGGUGACCAUCCCAGAAGGGGCUAUCCCAGGCAGUGCACAGUGUGGCAAAGGCAAGCCUACACAUUGCUGGGAACAAGGAGACCCAUCUGGGGGCUUCUUGUUGGGAGCAUUGUGGCUGGGCCCAAGAUGAGGUUUGGGAAAGGAGAGUAUUUUAUCAAGUGCUGCAACUCAUCUUUCUUCCUGGCUAGAAAACCAGCAACAGGGACCAUCAGGAUGGCUCUGGCAGGGCCUUGCUGCCCUGGACACACAGUAGCAGAGCUGCUG